AUGCAUAAGAGCGAGGAAAUAGUCCUCUACCAGGACGACAAGGCGAUUGUUGUCUACGACGAGGGAGAGCGCUUCCGCAGACGCCUAAAGGCGGCAUUCCUCCCGCAGAGUUGGUAUACUGAUGCUAAUCGAUUGCAAUUUGACAGAUUCGUCAACGUCUGCCCGUUGUGUGGAAGCGAAGUGGACGAUUCGCAGUACACAUUCAUCGCCCAGACAUACUUCUACUUCCUGCAGCGUAACUUCAAGAAGUGGUCGCAGGAGCAAGAUCCGCAGCCAGACAGGUAUGAUACGUGGUCAACUAACGUUAGUGGAGCUGCUGCGCUAAGGAGAACGCUGCCGGGGGCCGAAACUAUUUUGCGAGGCGCCGACGACAGCCAACUGCAACAGUCGCCAUCUACAGAUGAUUCAGGCAAUACCAACGGCGCCUUUGGGGUCACAUCGGCGGCUCCUGCGAGUCAAUUCGAUGUGCCAAAGCACAUACCUCCGGAGUUGCUUGUCACUGGAUACUACAAUCGAUUUUUUGAGGAGCGGCGCAAGCUCGGAUCAGGGUCGUUCGGUCACGUGUACUGUUGUGUCCACAUAAUAGAUGGCCUUCCACUGGGAGAAUACGCAGUUAAGAAGCUGCCUGUGGGUGACGACCGCGAGUGGCUCCGGAAAAUGAUUCGGGAGGUCAAGGUGCGUGAGAGGCUGAGGCACCGAAACAUAGUCGACUACAAUCACUCAUGGCUGGAGAUGCACAGGCUUAACGAAUUCUGUCCGUAUGUACCGUGGUUGUUUGUGCUGAUGGCCUACUGCAACGGAGGUGACCUCGAGAAUUUUGUGAAGAGGUUCGGGCAGGAGCUCGAUGACGAAGAAAUAUUCGUACUGCUGAUUGACAUCGUGAAUGGUCUUUGCCACUUGCACAGGCACGGUAUUAUAUACCGCGAUCUGAAGCCGUCAAAUGUGCUCCUUAACUACACCCAAAAGGAGGGGGUAUCGGCGAUGUUGUCCGACUUCGGCACAUGCGAGAUACUCGCGGAGCUUGGUGACCGCAAUGUUCUGCGCCAGGGAUUUACCGGAACGGUAGAGUUCACUGCUCCGGAGCUCUUGGAAACGGACCAAUUUGGUCAGUACAGCGUAUCCUACGACACCAAGAGCGACAUGUGGAGUCUGGGCAUCAUCCUGUACUACCUAUGCUACGGUAAGCUGCCUUAUUUCGACGAAUGUCCACAAAGGUGCCGCGAUAUGAUACUACAACAUGAUUACAUUAAACUGCCCCAAAUGCCGCAGAGAUGCCCAGAGCUGCAGAUGCUGAUAUUGGCACUAACACAACGUGACACUUUCAGGCGACCUGACUGCGAAACCAUCCUCUGCGAUAGCCGUGUGCUCGAAAUGAUUCAUGAUGAAGAGUUCAUGAAAGCUGGCAAGGCAAAAAUCGCGUCCAAAGUGACGCAAUUAUCUCAAAAUGCAGCCCCCACAUACCACCAGGCGGAUGCGAUUAUCCGGGCAUAG